AUGGAAUUUUUCAGCAUCAACACGCUGAUUGCUCCUCGUUCAAGACCAAUUAUUCAUGUAGAAAUUUCAGGACAUUACGGUCAAGGUCUCAUAGACACAGCGGCAAAACAGAGUGUUGCUGGUAAGGCCUUAUAUGAUAUUUUGAAACGCGAAGGCCAAUCAUUUUCUGAAGAAAAUAUUUUGGUGAAGUUUGCUGAUGGUCAAGGUAAAAUGGAGAAUGUCCUUGUAACCUGUGUUGACGUGAAGGUCAAAGGCAAGAAUAUACCUACCAAAUUCAUCAUCUUCCCAGAUGCGCCUAAUAAAACUCUCUUUGGCAUAGAUUUCAUACAGGAUGCGAAACUCAUCCUAGACGCCCAUAAUAAGCAGUGGUACUUCUCAGAAAACCAAUCGGCUCGUUACGAAUUGAUGUUCGAAUCUGUCACCAAUUCUUCCGAUCUCGCUUCCUACUCGACUUCCGAAACUAGAAAGGCUGAUAACUUGCGUUCGGAAGAAGGAACCAUGCUCACAGAUGAUCAACGUUCUCGACUCCAACUCUUUCUGAAUCAACACGAGAAUAUAUUCAGUCUGGGGGGAGAACCGACUCCCUAUGCACAGCAUCAUAUCAACACUGGCGAUCACCCUCCGAUUGCCUUACCUCCGUAUCGAAUGUCCCCAGCUAGGAAGUCAUUACUGAAAACCAAGUUGGAUCGACUGUUAGCUGAAGGCAUAAUAGAAGAGUGCGAAAGUCCGUGGGCCGCACCGGUUGUACUCGUUCCUAAGAAAAAUGGUGGAAUUCGACUGUGCGUAGACUAUUAA